UGGGGUCCAAUUGUAAUUUUCAAAUUAUGGAUGGCAACGCCAUACAAUCUAUGGUGAACCUGUCGGUUCAAAAUACAAUGUCCAGCAUACCUGAAAUUGUGGCUCAAUCAGUAGCCUUGGUCAUGUCCCAUCCUAAUUACCAAAAAUCCCCCAAAGCUGGACCAUCUACCCCGUCGGAUCAAUUUUGGUCCGCGGAGGAUUCCACAUCCAAACUAGCCAAAGGAUGGGGGAAAUCUGGGAAGGCCUCCCAUAAACGGCCUAUGCCCACUACCGGUCCUUCAAAAUCUUAUAAAAAGUCUAGAGUGACUAAGGAUCAGGUCCCUUGUCCUGCUACUACAAAGAGCAGAUAUACUGAUGCUAAAAAGUCGCAUCCCAUACCCUCCACCCGGGAGGAGAAACAUGACAGCCGGGUUAAGAGAGCAUCCCGUAGAGAGAAACCGGACUCUUACAACACUUCCCCUGACCAAUCCUCAUCUGAGGAAGGGGAGAUUUCUGAGGGGUAUUCAGACUCCGAGUAUGAGGACAUCUCUGAGAAUGAGGAAUCUCCAGUAACAACUGAGAUCCCCAAGUCAGUUAUUAUGGACAGUGCGGGUACUCCGUACUUUGACCCCAGUCUACUUAAACACCCCCGUUCUGGGGAAUGGGAACCUCAACCCCAGGUAUCCCAAUUUUUGAACCUUUGGGUAAGGAAACCCAUUGAUAAGGCUACCCGCAACAGACUACGGGCAGAAUGCCCACGACCUAGUAUCCCUAACAAACUAUCCAUUACUCCAGAGAUCGAUCCUCCACUGGUUAAAUACCUUAAUAAUACGGGUAAAAACCCCAAAAAAGGAGUAGAUCGGUCCUUCAGGACGAUCCAAGACAGAUUUUUGGACCUACUUGGCCCACUGGCAAAAAUUUUAGACCUCACAGAGGAAGCCAAUACCUCGGGUAACCCAGUGAAUUUAGAGGUCCUAAAAGGCUGGGCUCAAAGGGCCCUAUGCAUUUUUGGUGGCAUUAACACUACCAUCUGCACUGAACGCAAGAGGUCCAUCCUUUUAAAAUUGGAUCCACAAUUAAUUAACUUAGCUACAACAGAACCGGAUUCCCCCACUGAUGGACUCCUCUUCGGUGAUGACUUCAUCAAAGAGAUAAAUAAAUAUGUGUCUCUCUUUUCAUCACUAAAUAAAGCCCAAUCUUCCCUCAAGAAGGUUUUUCAACCUCGGGUUUUACCCAGGGCUGGGAAAAGAAGGGGCAAUUUUCCCAGCCGCCAGUCUCAGGAGAGACAAUAUAAUCGUGCCCCCCCAAGACCAGACAGGUUCCAGAAUCCUGCCCCUGCCUAUCAACCCAGUCCCUUCUUCCCCACAAGAGGAAGACCAUGGAGAGCCAGAGGUCACCGCGGAUACCCCAGAUCCAGACCCAACAACGUGUAACUUUUGGUUUGACAAUUAUCUUCGAGUCAACAGAACACUUGGCUACCUACAUCUUCUAGGACUUGUUUCCAGUUCAUAAAGUUGCUCCAGUUCAUCGCUCAAAGGAACUUUUCCUCCACGUGAUUUCCAACCUCAAGAACAAAAAAUUUUUUGUGUGGACUUUACUCCAUCUAUAUAUAUUUUCUUGUUUACCAACAAGUGGACUUUAGCGUUUUUUCCUGUUAUGUUUUAGGUUUAUGCUAUACUAUAUCGUUAUACUGUGACAUCAAAGAAGAGGAAGUAUUGUAUGUUACCUUGUCUCUUAUCACCUAUGCUAGCACCUGAUUGGUUACCUGACACACCUUAUUUGCAUAUGUAACGUUUUUUUCUAUGUACCUUGUGAUUAUACCUUGCUGCUAACACCUGAGUAGUAAAAGAAG